GUGGUGUGGGCGCAGGGCGGCUUUGUGGCCGCCAUGUUGUGCGGCCCCGGGCCGGGCCGGGCAUGGCGGGGGCCGGCAGCAACUGGCUCUCGGGGGUCAACGUGGUGCUGGUCAUGGCUUACGGCAGCCUGGUCUUUGUGCUGCUGUUCAUCUUCGUGAAACGCCAGAUCAUGCGCUUUGCCAUGAAGUCCCGCCGUGGCCCCCACGUGCCUGUGGGACAGCAUGCACCCAAGGAUUUAAAGGAAGAGAUUGACAUUCGACUGUCAAGGGUGCAGGACAUCAAGUAUGAGCCACGGCUGCUGGCAGAGGAUGACGGCCGGCUCCUGCAGCUGGAGACACCAGGCUGCUAUAACUACCUGUACCGGAUGAAGGCACUGGAUGCAAUCAGGACAUCAGAAAUCCCAUUUCAAGCUGAGGCCCGGUACCCAAAGUCCUUAAUAGGAAAGAACUUCUGUGCCUACUUGCUGGAACUGCGGAAUUCCAGCACCUCCUUCAAAGGCAUCCGCAAAGCCUUGAUUGACACCUUGCUGGAUGGCUAUGAGAGUGCCCGCUAUGGCACUGGGGUCUUUGGGAAAAUGGAAUAUCUGAAGUAUGAGGAAGCUCUGAACGAAUUGGCAAACAUGACCAAGGCCCGGGGCGGCAGCAGCCAGCGGCAGCACCAGUCAGCAGUGAAAGACCUCACUCUGUCCCCUGAAGUCUCCAACCCCACCACCAUCCAGGUCACCUACCUUCCUUCCAGCCAGAAGAGCAAACGUGCCAAACACUUCCUGGAGCUGAAGAGUUUCAAGGACAACUACAACACGCUGGAGAGCACCCUGGUGAACACUUUUCCCCAUGACGUCAUUGUUCCUGCUGUCAGCCCUUUGUGCCCAGCCCGCCUGUGCGCCUGGAUGGGGUAGAAAUAGUUUGGUGCCUGUUCUUAGCACCAUGGCUAAGAUACUGCUUUAGGCUGAGGUUUCUACUCAUUCUUCUGGAACCGGGCAUUGGGGGACAUAUCGAGUGGACAAAGCAGUGCUAAAUGUCCCAUCUGUUCUGCCAAGGGGGUGUUUGCUCCCACUCUCACCAGCGCCUCGCAUGCCAGCGUCUGCCGAGCUCCUGGGGCUGGAAGCUCACGGCCCCCACCUUGAGUCUGCAUUCUGUCAGGCUGAGGACAGCGCCGGCAGCUCACCCAUCACUGUGGCGUGGGCAACACAGAGUGGAGGGUACAGACCGCGGCACUUUUUAAUUACUGUUUAAUAAAAUGACAGUUUAGCUCAA